AGCCGUGACUGCACGCCGAGGGAGUGCCAGCAGGCGGGCAGACACAGCCACGGCUCAUCCCGGCGCUUCCCGGCGCUUCCCGGCGCUUCCCGGAGCAUCCCGGAGCAUCCCGGAGCGCGCCGCAGGUCCCAGCCCGGCAGCGGCUGCAGCGGAGCCCUUCCAGGCAGCAAGAUGACAUUGUGGAACGGCUCCUACCCCUUCUACCCCGGAGCCAAUGCCUGCUUCCCCUUUGACACCACCCGGGCUGUCAUUGUCACCAUCUUCCUCUCCGUGCUGGCCACGUCCAUCAUCAUCCUGCCAGGGAUCCGGGGCAGGGGGAGACUCUUCUGGUUCCUGCGGUUGGUGCUGGGACUCUUCCUGGGAGCAGUGAUCCUCAGUGUCCAGUUCACCAGAGACUGGGAGACCGGCUGGGUGCAGGCAAACACCUCCUACAAGUCCUUCAGCGCCGUGCGGGUGAACGUGGACAUCGGGCUGCACAUCGGCCUGGGCGGGGUGAAUGUCACGCUCAGGGGAAACCCAGUAAACCAGAUCAACGAGACCAUCAACUACAACGAGCACUUCCCCUGGAGAUUUGGGGAGGAUUAUGACCGCAGCUACAGCCAGGGGCUGCAGAAGGGGCUGCCCAGCCCCAUCCUCUACGUGGCAGAGAAGUUCAGCUGGCAGAGCCCCUGUGCUGUGCACGGGCAGUACCGCACCGCUGGCCACUACGUGUCCCUCGCCCUGUGGCUGGCCUUUUGCACAUGGUUCGUUUCCACCCUGCUCUUCUCCAUGUCCAUCCCUCUCUAUGGUGGCCACAUGCUUCUGCUCACUGCCGCUCUGAUCCUCUUCUCACUGCUCUUCUUCUCCACUGCAAGAAACGCCCUGAAGUGCCCCAUCCAGUUCGGCUCAGUGGCCUUGAGAACAGACUAUGGUGAAUCCUUCUGGCUGACAUUAGCAGCAGGGCUGCUGUGCCUGCUCCUGGGGCUGGGCAUCGUUGUUCUCCACUCCGUGCAGCCCGAGAGGCUGAAGCUCAUCUUCAGCCUGGACAAGAGCGGCAAGGAGGAGGUGUGGGACAAGUCCUGCCUGCCAGCUGAGCCCAGCUGCUCUGCACAGGAGGGGCUGGUGGUGCCCCUGGGCGAGCUCUGCCAGGUGACAGCCACCCGGCUCUGAGGCAGGGCAAGGCCUGGGGACGCUGCCCCUGAAGUCACCAAACCCAUCAGGGGCCCACGUGGGAAGAGGCAUGACAAGAACCAAGUGAUGAGACUAUCCAGAUCUGAAAAAGUAUCUUAAAAACAACAGUUUACUUAUUUAUUA